GCACUGUGAUUGGUUGAAAUAUCAGACACUCGGAAAAACGUUUCAUGGCUGAAUUUUUCAAAUCGAGAAGAGGCGGUCUUGUGUGCAGCGGAAAGGAAGUUUAACAACACCAACAAUGCAGAGACCAGGCAAAGGGAAGACUCCUCGGAGACCUGGCCCAAAAAAGCCAUCUAACACAGAGAAAGAUCCUGUUGGAGUGUACUGCCGUAUACGUCCACUUGGAGGAGAAGAUGAGGAAUGUUGUGUUGAAAUGAUCAGCAGCUCCACUAUUCAGCUACAUGCUCCUGAUGGCCUUAAAGCCAACCGCAAUGGGGAAUACAAAGAGACACAGUACACCUUUAAAAAAGUGUUUGGUAUUAAUACCACUCAAAUGGAGCUGUUUGAGGAAGUUGCCAAGCCACUGAUAGAGGACCUCAUUCACUGUAAAAACGGUCUGCUGUUUACAUAUGGUGUUACUGGAAGUGGUAAGACCUUCACCAUGACCGGCUCACCUGGGGAAGGUGGACUCCUCCCACGCUCUCUAGACAUGCUCUUCAACAGUAUCAGCCCCUUUCAGGCCAAAAGAUUUGUGUUUAAACCAGAUGACAAAAAUGGGAUGGAGAUCCAGAAUCAAGUUGAUGCUCUCCUGGAGAGACAGAAGAGAGACAGUCAACAGUCGGUGCUGAAAACGCCAUCCUCCAGGCAGAGGGCUGAUCCUGAGUUUGCAGAUAUGAUCAGCUCAGAGGAGGCAUGCAAAUCUGAAAAUGUGGAUGAAGACUGUUGUUACAGCGUUUUUGUGUCCUACAUCGAAGUCUACAACAACUAUAUCUAUGAUCUCCUUGAAGAUGCUCCUUUUGACCCAAUCAAACCAAAACCACCUCAAUCCAAGAUUCUUCGCGAAGAUCAGAAUCAUACCAUGUAUGUGGCCGGCUGUACAGAAGUGGAGGUAAAAUCUACGGAAGAGGCUUUUGAGGUCUUUUGGAAGGGACAAAAGAAAAGGAGGAUAGCCAACACACAACUCAACCGUGAAUCCAGUCGCUCCCACAGUGUGUUCACGGUAAAACUGGCCCAGGCGCCGCUUGAUGCUGAUGGGGAUCACAUUCUUCAGGACAAAAACCAAGUGAACGUGAGCCAGUUGUGUCUGGUGGACCUGGCAGGCAGUGAACGCACCAACAGGACCCGAGCAGAAGGAAGCCGUCUCCGCGAAGCAGGUAAUAUUAACCAGUCCCUGAUGACUCUGCGCACGUGCAUUGAAGUACUGCGUGAAAACCAGAUGUGUGGCACUAAUAAGAUGGUGCCAUACAGGGACUCUAAAGUUACACAUCUGUUUAAGAACUACUUUGAUGGAGAAGGAAAAGUCAGGAUGAUCGUGUGUGUCAACCCUAAAGCUGAUGAUUAUGAUGAAACUAUGCUGGUGAUGCGCUUUGCAGAGAUGACACAGGAGGUGGAGGUGGCACGGCCAGUUGACCGGCCAAUCUAUGGCCUUCCCGCAGGACGCAGACACAGAAACCAGGCCUUCAGGGAUGAGCUGGAACGACGGCUGGAAGAGCGAGGAGGUCCCACUAAUGCCGUGGAUGACCCAGUUCAGCUCAUAGAAAGCCUUCCGGCUCUGCCUCCCUGUGAGCUGGUGGACCCAGCUGAUGAUCAGACGUUGCCCCGCCUGAUUGAGGUGCUGGAAAGGAGACAGCGUAUCCGCCAGAUGAUGACUGACCAGUUCAACAAAACUGCUGGUACGCUGAAGUCCAUGCUUCAGCAGCUUGACAGUCAGCUCAAUGCAAAGGAGACAUUCCUCCACGAUCAACGAAGCAAACUGAGCGAGAAAGACAAAGUCAUCGUCAACCAGAGGACAGAGAUCGACCGAUUAGAGAAAAAAUCCAAAACGCUGGAGUAUAAGAUCGAUAUCCUGCAGAAGACGACAGAGAUGUACGAGCAGGACAAACGCUCACUUGAGCACGAGCUGGAGACUCGGGAGCAAAGGCUACAGAGAGAGCUGUCAGAGAGGAGGCGCGUGGAGCAGCGCAUGCAGGGCAUUGUGACAGACACCAAACUCAAGUGGGAGAAAGAGUGUGAGAGGCGAGUGAACGCCAAGCAGCUGGAGAUGCAGAACAAGUUGUGGGUGAAGGAUGAAAAGCUGAAGCAGCUUAAGGCCAUAGUGACGGAGAGCAGCGGCGGCUGUCCCUCUGAGCGCCCGGCGAAGCCUGAAAGGCCUUCAAGGGAAAGGGAUCGCAACAUUGCCCAGAAGAGGUCACCAUCACCACUUCCUGACUUGAGCCAAACUCCUUUCCACCAAAAUCAAGCCAAUGUUAGGGCAGUUCAGGACCUUUACCCCUCGUCCUCCUCCUCCUCCUCCUCAUCUUCAGCCUAUCCUUCAGUAGCCUCCUCCAUCUCUAAAUGGGAGCAGAGGUUCCCUGUAGACUCAGCCAGCCAGGCUAGACAUCCUGGGACUCCCCAGCACAGGAGCCGGACUCCCGCCCCAUGCCAAGGCACCAGCAGCGUGGGUCGCAGGAGAGGCCAGCGCUGGGCCCCAGAGACUGAGGCCCCUGCUACGACUCUUGUCUAUGGGUUAGACCUAGAGGCAGGCAAAAGGAUGGCUCCUCCAGUUCAUCCAACGCACAGGCGCUCACACUCUGCGGGUGGGGAGAAAUGGGUAGACCACAAACCGCCUUCUAAUUUGGACCUAGACACUGUCAUGCAGCCAAUCAUACCCAAUGCAAUCAAGGUGUCGACCCCCAAUGAGAAAGCUCUGUCUAAAUGCCACAAGUAUGUGCUUAGACAUCAAGAGCUUGCCUCCGACGGGGAGAUCGAAACCAAACUGAUCAAGGGUAAUGUUUUUAAGACCAGAGGUGGAGGACAAGCUGUGCAGUUUACUGACAUUGAGACACUAAAACAGGAGUGUCCAACAGCACCAAGUCGCAAGAGGCGGUCGGGGUCUGCAGAAAGACCAGCUCAGAAGGAGGACAUCGAGAACAGGGCUCCGGUGACGAGCACUGGCCAUGCGUAUCAAAAACGCAGAAAGCCCUAAGCUGCUGUAUAUAUGGAGAUUCUUGCCUGACCGUCAAAACAUUGAGAGGGCCGCCAUGUGAAACUAUGCAUCUUUUUCGCCGUUAUAUCCGAUCUUGCUACAAAUUAUUCAGGUGCAAUUAUAAUUUAAUAAUAGCCAAAAUGUCACCGAUUUAGAUAGUGUAGGAGAUUUCUCUUGUAUCAGUUGGAUUAGUGAGCUUUUUGAAUGCUGGAUUUAUUACCUCUGAAAGACAUGGACAUAUUAAAUAGCCUUAUAUAAAUUCUGUGAUAAAUGUAAUGUCUUUUUACUUUUUUUUUUUUAUCUCCUCUUGUUGCUACCCAAAGAUUGAAAUAGUCGAGCUUGAGAACAAUAGAAACUGCUUUUUUCUUUAGUUUCAGUGCUUUUUCCCAAGGUUUAUUCAUUUAUGUUACACUGAGCAUAUGGCUGAUAACAAAAAUAGCGCAGAACAGAGUUGUUUUAGAAUUGCCGUGUGUCUAUGUCAAAGUUCAACUGUAAAUAUACAACUGUAGAGAAGGUUUUGCGGAACUCAAUCUAUCUGUAAAUAAGUAUUAGACACUUUUUACCUCUGUUUAUUGAAACAACUCCAGAGGUUUGUAGCACACUCUAUUUUUUGGUGGCAUUAAAUUUAUUCCAACACCAAGUCGCUCCAUAAUGAUUUCUUAACCCAUAAAGACAAAACUGUAGGUGUCUCCUGUCAGACAAUGUCCAACAGAUAGCACUUUUUUCUGUAGCCAUGCUAAGGAAGGUUUUUCCGUGACUCUGAUGAGAGUAGAACAGACAUAUUUGGUUUGUUAAAUUUUGUUUAAUAUGCUUGAACUAAAUCAAAAAGAAAUGUCUGUGUACAAGCACUCGUACGACGGAAUAACAGUUUUGACGAUAUUUGUUCGCGUGAAGAAAUAAAUUGCAUGUGUUAUGCUGGAAAAUUAUGCCUAAUGGCAAAGGGGUCUGUCUCUCACAAGGUUGAGAGGCUAAACUCCACAAGCUGGAGGUCAAACACAAUAUUUCCUUUGACAUUUCGUCAAAGCCACAAUGACCCACUCAGCCCGAAGUCAAAGGCUCUCUUUAAGGCAGAGCGCACAGUUUGCCUUGCUGACAGGUAGACACUUUAUCCCUGUUUGUGCAACAUUUUAGGCCUGUCAACAUGUGAGAAAUGUCAAACCAAACGGAUAGAAGUGCACACUAGCAAGUCUGUAUUUAUUUUUUUUCUCACCACCCCUAAAAUCAUGUGGACUGGAUCUCUCUGCUUGCACUCUGGUUGUGCGAAAUUCCACCAAGAUGUUUCAAAAGCUUUGAGGAUGUUGGUGUUUUUGGAUGAGAAAUUACGGAUACAAGCAUCGAAGAACAGUGUGUCAGAUCCAAUAAAAAGUACUAAUUCUGAAUAGUAAGUCCGAUCAAUAACAGCUAAUUCAUUCAUUCAGUUCUUCAGGGUGACCGUAUUUAUUUGAUGUUCAGUUUCACAAAGCCUCAUUGAUGCAAGUGUACUGUGCUGUAAUAUGAGAAAAUGUUUUGGGAAGUUCAAUCUGAGCUUUGUUACAGACGAGACAAUUUAAAUACACCUUCAAACCGAACAAUCGCUUAUCUCUCACCUUCCAUUGUUAAUUAGUGAGGCUGUUUGUAAAACUAAUAUUACUGUGGUGAAUCAGUUGACAUGCAGUGAGUUUAUCAACAUUAAUUUGUGAAAUCCAAAUCUGGUCACCCAUAAGUGAUUGCAUGCAUACAGUCAGCAGGGGGUACAGAAAGCCUGCAGCUUACAAUGUGAACAGCAGGUGGAGCUAAAUACCCUUUAGAAAAGACAAAUUAAUGAACCAGAGGAUUGAGGAAUAUGUGCCUCAAAUCUGACUCAAAAUACAGGAACAGGUUUGGGUUCACGACCUCUUGAGGAUAAAUCGAAUAUUUAUCAAAACUGACCUUAAAAUUCGCUUCUUUCUUUCUACAAGUUACUUUCCUGACCUGAGUUUGACAGUGUAGUGCUUAUUAAUAUUGCAGGCAUCAAAUAUACAAAUAUCUUGUCUUUGUACUGCAUUAUAUUGAAUGUAGUUCGUAAAGGAUUUGUAAAUCAUUGCAUUCUGUAUUUAUUUUAUAUUUUGCGCAGUAUCCCAACCUUUUAUCAAAUCAGGUUUAUAAUAUCUUCUAACCACUGUUGUCAAUGCUGUACAUUUGGACUAAUAAAGCUUCAGAAAAGCAUUUAAUAAAUAGACCCACUGAUCAUUGCUCACAGCAUGUUAAGGCUUUUGACA